AUGGACUUCCAAUCCCCCCAGAACGGCAUGUACGAUCCGUCGAGCUUCAUCGACCCGAGCGCAAUCGCAACACCCCAGAUGAAUGGCGCGCGCCCGUUCAAUCCUAUGCCCUCGGUGCCCCAGAAACGAGACUCGUCCGGCGCCGCUCUAUCUUUAUCGCGCUCUCAGACACCUUCACAGCAAGCCCAAUUCGGCUUCCAGCACCAGCAAGGCUUCACUAACACGCCCUCGCCCACCAUGCAGAGCCAGCACUUCGCGCCCGGCCAGAUGGGAGGCCAGCGCAUGAACACGGCCUCACCAGCGCAAAAUCCCCACGCGCCGCAGAUGUCGCCCAUGAACUUCCAGGCUUCACCGAUGAAUCAAGCCUUCAAUGCUAAUUCCGGAAACCAGUUCCCCGUACAGUCGGUGCAACUAUCACAAAAUCUCCAGAGUCGACAGCAAGAGGCGCAAAGGCAAUACGCAAUGCGCCUGCAACAGCAGCAGCAGUUGGGUAAUCUUGCCGCGAGCAACAUGGCUGCGCGACAAGGGCAGCAGCCAGGCGCGCAGAUGCCAGGCGCAAUGCAGAAUCCAAUGCAAAACCCAAUGCAGCAUCCGGGAAUGCAGCAGAACAUGAUGCAGGCUCAAGGGCAAGCACAGAACCAACAGUCACAGUACAACCAGUUCAUUAAGAACGUUCAGGCGCUGAUGGCCCAGCAUAAUAGACCCUUCAACCACCAACCACUCUGCGCCGGUCGGCCGACAAAUCUCCAGAACCUUUACGCGGCCGUCAUGCGCUUCAAGGGCCAUCGAUUUGUGACGCAACAAAACGGUUGGCCCAGAAUCGCGCAAAUGAUGAACAUACAUCCACAACAGUUCCCAAACGCCCCCAACGAACUGCGCCAGAUAUACGAACAGAACCUAAGCCUUUACGAGACCGCAUAUCUGCAAAGACAACAGCAAAUGCAACAGAAGGGUAUGCCUCCGCAGGGACAGAUGGGCCAAAUGGGACAGAUGAAUCAAAUGGGUCAAAUGGGCCAGAUGAACCAGAUGGGUUCUGUGGGUCAGCAGAUGUCGCCAACAAGACCGACUAUGCCGGGACAACAAGUCAAUGCUGCAGGACACCAGGAAUAUCUGCAGCAACUACAGAGAUCACAGGAGGCGAUGAAGCAGCAACAGCAGCAACGGCAGUCGCUUCCGCCUGCCCAACAGCCGCAUCAGCAACUCGACCCUUCCCCACAUCCACACCAGUCGACGCCUUUACAGAGCAAUGCAGCGCUACCAAGCGUCAACGGCACCACACCACAGCCGGACGGAAACGCGCGGAAAAGCCUCAGCAGACAGCUGGAAGGGACACCUACUCAGGGACAAGAGCCUGGCCAAUCGCAGUCGUCACCAAUGAAGCAAGAAGAGAACGCCGCCGCAGAUUCAGCCGCGGCCGCCGUUGAGGAGCCCGAGAAACGCAAACCAGUCAUCGAGCAAGAUGAUGGCACGAGGGUCUAUCAGCCCGCCUACCGAACGCAAGAUACAUGGGGAGGUCUCGACUUCGACUCCGACAACUUCAAGAACAUGAUCGACACAAUCACAAACUACAAACCAAAUGUUCCGUUAUUACCGGAGAUGGGUGUGAUCGACGUUCGUGCCAUCAUCAUGAGUAUCAAGUCGGGACUACAUGCGGAGGUGCGCUUGGGUCUGGAUACCUUGACGCGGAUAACGUAUGACAACACCGUCCAGUUCAAUUUGUCGCACUGCGACGACUUGACAGAAGUGCUGGUGGAGUACGCCGAAGAUCAGCUGGAGAUACUAGGCAACGACAAUCCCGAAGUCACUGAUAUCAUCGAUCUCACCCCAUACGAGGACGUCCUACAUCACUGUCGCGAGGAAGCCUCGGCACUACAAGAACUCCCACAGGCUGGUACGAAGGAGUACAUGCUCGACCGUACUGCAGACCGGCUGCUGGCAAUCACCACCAUCUUCCGAAACCUUUCUUUCCUCGAAGUCAACCACGACUCUUUGGUCAGCGCUCCAGUAAUCAAGUUUCUCGCAAACUUCAUACGGCUUGUCGGAACCCGCGUACUGUUGCUACGAUCACACAUCAACACCUUCGACUUCAUGAAGGAUGUAGUCACCUUCUUCUCUAACACAAGCGCGAAGGUUGUGUUGCCAAAUCGUGAAGACGCAUACGCCGUGUUGCACUUCCUCUGCGCUUUUGCUCCAGUUCCGCGACCCGCUGAGCCUGUCAAAUUCACACCCUUCAACCCGCAAAUCCACCGCUAUCUCCCUUCUGCCGUUGAUAGUCUUGCCAAACUCCUCGCUCGCGAUGAUCCCAACCGGACCUACUACAAGCAAAUAUUCAUCAACGAGGCAACAUCUAUCCCUGCGUACGACCUCCUAACGCGUUCCUUCGCCCUCGCCAUCUCCGUUGUGCCGGACCGCAACUACAUUGAAAACAAAAUGUACCAGAUGAAAGAGCCACGCCCCAAGGAGGUGCGCAUGUUCGAAGCGCGUGUUGCAGAGUCACGGAAAGCAUACCUGAUGCAGGGCAUGUUGGCGGCAGAUAUACUCGCCAGCCUAGCUCCAGGGCCCGAGACUGGUAUCUGUCGCUCAUGGCUCGAGUCGGAAGACGGCUGGGCGCAUAGCUUACUCAAGUUCGCCAUGUCGCUAUCCGCUACCGAUGCGGCCAUACCGCACCCCCCACAACCGCCAAAUCACCGCGGCCAACGGCCCAUGGACCAUGACCGGGAAGGUUUCCAGCUCAUCGUCCAUCGCGCGCUAUCAACCCUGAAACGCCUAGGUGACAAGUCAAAGGGUGGUGAACCGCUGGUCAAGGGCGUACAGCAAACAAACGGGCACAUGGAACACGAUGAUGAGGACGACUAUGACGAAGAUGAAGACGACGACAUGGAGAUUUUCAACUUCAACGGUAGCUCGUGGAAAGUCAAGGCAGACAUCUUACCUCGGAAAGAGACCAUGCUCGGCGCAUUGCUUACCGCUCAGUUGGAUGUGCGGAGUCUGAACCAAUUCUGCAAAAUCGGUUAUCUGGAUGAAUAA